UUAAAAAGAUGACAAAAAAAUGAAAAAUAAAUUUUAAAAGUAAAAAUAACUGUUCUUUUGGCUGUUGGGACAUAAAACUAAUAACCGUUUUUAAUGAAAUUAAAACAACAACGUUAACGAAGGAAUAAUCGAACUCUUGAAGAGAAAUCUCUGAGUAGGAGGGUAUUGUACGUUGACGUACAAGACUGCAACACAAGUGGUCCUUGACAGAGAGGGAGCGAGAGGCUUUGAUGCUCUGUGUUUUCUCUGAAACCCAAAACCAAACAACUUGCAAUUGAGGGUGUGUGAAUAAUGGAGGAUCAGAAGCAGAAUAGUGAGGAGCGACCAGUGAGAGUAUAUGCAGAUGGCAUAUAUGAUCUCUUUCACUUUGGGCAUGCUGGUUCUCUCGAGCAAGCCAAGAAGCUGUUCCCAAACACGUACCUGCUUGUUGGCUGCUGCAAUGAUGAAACUACCCACAAUUAUAAGGGCAAAACUGUUAUGACCGAGAAGGAGCGCUAUGAGUCACUCCGCCAUUGCAGAUGGGUGGAUGAAGUUAUUCCUGAUGCACCAUGGGUGCUCUCGCAAGAGUUUCUUGACAAGCAUCAGAUUGACUAUGUGGCACAUGACUCUCUUCCCUAUGCUGAUGCAAGUGGGUCUGGAAAGGAUGUCUAUGACUUUGUUAAGUCCGUUGGAAAGUUUAAGGAAACAAAACGGACUGAUGGGAUUUCUACAUCAGAUAUCAUAAUGAGGAUUGUUAAAGAUUACAACCAGUAUGUGAUGCGUAAUUUGGACCGUGGGUACACAAGAAAGGAGCUAGGUGUUAGCUAUGUGAGGGAAAAGCGACUGAGAGUGAACAUGGGACUGAAAAGACUGCGUGAGAGGGUGAAGGAGCACCAAGAAAAAGUAGGAGAGAAGAUACAGAUAGUAACAAAGACUGCUACAAUGCGUCGUAAUGAAUGGGUGGAGAAUGCUGAUCGAUUGGUUGCUGGAUUUCUUGAGAGGUUUGAAGAAGGUUUCCACAAAAUGGGAACAGCCAUAAGGGACCAAAUUCAAGAGCGAAUAAAGAAGCGGCAGUUCGGAGGCCUUUUAUAUGAAGAAGAUGAUGAUGAUGAGUUCUAUGACGACUCUGAAGACGAACGCAAUGAUGAAGACGAAAAAUAAAUUUGUUCUUGUUGAUGUCCAUUUGUUAGGCUGAAAUACUUAUUUAUGGUAUUAAUGUAGAAGUAAUCUAAGAUGAAUUCCAAAGGCUAAGUCUGUGUAACAGCCUAAAGUAAGGCUUGGAUCUUCAAAUACAAUUAUUAGUAAUCUCUUCUCUUCAAAUACAAUUAUUAGAAAAAUCUCACAUUGUGCAAAAA